AUGGCCACCACCGCCUACUCUCGUCACCCCACCAGCUAUGCUACUCACCAGAAGACCCUGCCCAUCACCAUGCCGUCCGGGAAGGCCCCAGUCUACAGUUACCCCCAAUCCCGGGUUCUCGAUUCUCCAGAACUUCCCGACACCAGCACAUCUUAUACUGGAAGUCGGACCUCUGCAGGUUCAUAUUCCGCCCGGUCCAGCUAUGCGCCUAGUCACAGCAGUGGAGACUGCGACUCAUACGCACAUUCCGGUGUGGAUGUUGUCGACAUGCUCAGCGACAAAAUGAACGCAGCCUUCGAUCCUAUUCGGAUGGACCGCUCGCUGGCGAAACAAGCCCAGACAUCCGGCGAAUUGAAUGCAAAACAGCGAGAGCUGCAAGAAUUGCAAGCGAUGGCCCAGCGGAGACUGAAAUCUGCGCGGGUCAAUUUCGCUGAAGGAGUCGAGGCCGUGAAAGAAGCCCGCCGAGACGUGGAAUACACGUCUAAGAAGAUCUCGGCGAUGAAAUCGAAGGCAGAGAAGAAACAUCCGGAGGCUUAUGCGAAAGCCAGCCGCAGUCGCCAUGCAUGA